AUGCCUCUGACUCGUGUUUGCGGUCCCUCGCCUUCCCAGGUGAUCAUCGAGUUUUUGAAGACUGGGCGGUACCGCUGGUGGGUACCAUUCUGCGCUUCCGUUCGCUUCACGGACGGACGGGCCCCCAAGGCGAACGACUUCGUAGGCCUUAACUACUACAGCCACUACUACGCCUCCCUGUGGAGCGUGAUCUUCGAGCCGGACAUGGAGGAGAAGCUAAGAGCCCUUCCCGCCGAGACCAUGACCGACAUGCCACACUGCAUAUACCCGGAGGGGCUCUACUGCGCCCUCAAGGCCAUGAGCGUGAUAGGGCACCCGAUUUACGUCACCGAGAAUGGGAUCGCCGACGCUGAUGACACUCGACGGAGGUGUGUGGCAGAACGACCGCGUGGAGAUAAUCCCAACGACCAGGGCAACCGCACAACUUCAUCCUACGUGACCUUCACUGAGACAUUGCGCCUGAUCAGCGAAGCCUCCAAGAACCUGGUGGCAAUGGACGCCAGCAACACCAUCUUCGACGCCAAGCGACUGAUAGGCCGCAAGUUCGCCGACCCGACCGAGGCCUCCGAUAUGAAGCACCGGCCCUUCGACGUUGCCGAGGGCCCCGGUGGCAAGCCCAUGAUUGAGUGUCUUUUACGGGCGAGAAGAAGCAGUUCGCGCCUGAGGAAUCUCCGCCAUGGUGCUGGUCAAGCUGAAGGAGAUCGCCGAGGCUUGCCUAGGCAAGGAGGGUACGGUCCCAGAUUCGGGCUCUUUGAGGUGGACUUCGGCACGCAAAGGCGCACGCUCCGAGAUAGCUCCAAGUACUACGUCGAAGUUGUCAAGAAACACUCCGGCAAGAAAUCGUCCUCCGGGCUAGCUCCCGACACUACAGAUGUCGGCGAGGGCAACGUCAUCGGCACCCGUGCCGUCAUCUACCACAAGCUGAAGUCCAGCGCCAACGUGUCGGAAGACGUCCUGCGGGGGGGCGGUGGCGGUGCGGAGCCGGGGGAAAUCGGAGAGAGGGACGGGGUGGGAGAACCUCCCGCUUGCUAUUCCGUAGUUUAGUAAAUAGUGUACUAUUUGAGAGGGUCCUUGUUUGAAGGCCGGUGAAAAAUCGCUUGGUACGGAUGGAAUCGUGCACGGUGCCCGAUAUGAGGCCAGCCAAUUUCCUUGGGCCGUAGUGGCCUUAACCACGGACCUCUUGUUCCGCGGGACCCGGUUUUCGUGCGUGUUGGGGGAUGAGCACGAGCCGCUAUUGGUUGAACCAGCAGCAGUGGUGGUGGGAACGAACUUGGAGCGUAGGCUCGAGUGGGCGUUUUUGUGGGAUAGGCUCCGCACGGCAUCACAGGUAAGGGGAACGGUGCCGAGCCUCAUGUUCCCGACCGAGCUUUUGGUAUGUCCGGUGGAGCGGGUUGUUGGUGCAUGUUGUUGGGUUGGUGUGCGCUGCUGCUGCUGGCGCUGCUGCU